GGUUAGUUCAAGACCCUUUAGGAGAGUUGCAGACAGGAGGACUCUACACUGAGGGACAUAAAUACAGACAGUACUGGAUAAUCUAAAACCCGAUUACUGGAAUCAUGAAGUCUCCAAAGCUUAAACCUCAAGCGAAGUUAGUCAACGAGGACGACCUGAACGACGUGCUGUGCGAGUUCGACGCGGUGAUUGAAGACUUCAAGUCGCCGGUGGAAAAGCGUCACUUCAGGUACGACGAACACCUGAAGACCAUGAAGAGGAGGAGCAGCGCCAGCGUCAGCGACAGCGGCAUCAGCGACUCGGAGAGUGCAGAGUCGCUCAACAGAAACAGCUUCAGCUUCAGUGACGAGCGGUUGAACUCCCCCACUGUGCUCUCCCCUACCACCACCUCACCUCCUCUUAUGUCACCAAAACCCAAACUCGGCGACACAAAAGAACUGGAGGACUUCAUCGCUGACCUUGACAGGACAUUAGAGAGCAUGUGACACGGAGGCUCAGAGUCAUCUUGGAGUGUAGCCAUGAGAGAGGGAGGGAGUGGAUGUCUGGACUCCCCUUGAGCAGCUAACAUGCACCUGCCCCCACACUGAAAACCACCCAACAGGAUACAGCUGGAUGGCACAGCAGCUGCCAAGUGGCUCCACCACGGCAUCAGGUCUAGCCAGCGCUGUCCAAAAGUUAAUCUGGCAGUGCUCUACUAACUAAAGGCCACCUGGCUGCUGGGCUGUAAGGACCGCAGGAAGGGUCAAAAUUAGCAUUGUAGGGAACCGGAGGACAAGAAUACUCAGCAGCCAUGAGGUAAUGGACUCCAUGAGAAGUUGUGAGGAAUGACAACAUGGAAUAUAUGCUACAAAGAGUCACUGGAACAUUUAUUGUCAGAAUCACAAAUCACCCCACCACACAGACCAGGUUACACUCCCUCAUCCAAAACUUGAGCUGGAAGAGUAUUUAAAAAUGGCUUUUUAUAAUAGAAAUAUAUUUGUAAUUUUAUAGAGCUUCUUAUUGUAAAUUUAUCUGUCUCUUUUGUGAAAUAUAUUUUUGUAUCUUAUGUAAAUAAUAAUUGUUCCAAAUUCUAUUUGCCUUGGUAUUAACAGGACAGUCAGAUUAAGAUUUGACACUCAUUGACUGGAAUAAAGUUGGUUUCAUGUUUAAAUGUGAACUGAAAACUUAAUCCACUUGGGAAAAAACUGGAAAGCAGUAUGUGUAUUUAAUACAGCUAAUGCCUGCCAGAGACAAUAUUAAAGUCUGAAAUAUUGUUCUUUUAGUAA